CUGUGAAGUGUGUCCAGCCAGCUGAACUGGGUCCGCCCCAUAACGCUCUGACUGCCCCCUUUGGCUCCGGACAGCGGCGGUGCAGCCCCUCUUUCAGGGUGGAGAAGUCUGAUUACUCGCCAGUUUUAUUGCGUCGGAUUGCUUCACAAAGACCGCUUGACACCGUCAGUUCGUGGGGGCACCCAGAACCUGACCGUGGAUCGCGCUAUUUUCCUUCGCUUAAGUUUACUUAACUGUUUGCACAAAGUUAGGACUUUUGCAUCUUUCGAGCUCCCUCUUCGGCGUUUCAUGGGCAAAUAUCGGCGCUUUUGCAGUUUGUAGUUGUUUUCCCUUUAAAUAAAGGCCCGUCCGGUCUGUUGAGAAGAUGCAGUUCCGCACUGUCCUUGACGUUAACGUCGUGGACGUGCAGAAGAGAAGGAACCCCUCCAAACACUAUGUCUAUCUUAUCAAAGUGACUUACUCUGACUCCAGUUCCCAUGUCAUCUACCGAAGAUAUAGCAAGUUUUUUGACCUGCAGAUGCGGAUCCUUGACAAAUUCCCGAUUGAGGCAGGGCAGAAGGAUCCCAAGAAGAGAAUCAUUCCUUUCUUACCAGGUAAAGUCUUGUUUCGUCGCAGUCACAUUAGAGAUGUAGCUGUCAAAAGGCUGAAGCAUCUGGAUAACUACUGCAAAGCUUUGAUGAAACUUCCUUCUUCCAUUUCGGAAAGCGAGGAGGUCCUUAAGUUCUUUGAAACCCGACCAGAGGACCUCAACCCUCCCACAGAAGACUGUGGAGGAUCUGGAAAACGGAAAUCAGGUCUGGACGCUUCAGACCCCAUGCUCCUGGAACAAUACGUGGUGGUGGCCAAUUACGAGAAGCAAGAGCCUGCAGAAAUCAGUCUCCAAGCGGGUGAACUGGUCGACGUCAUUGAGAAGAGCGAGAGUGGUUGGUGGUUUGUCAGCACUGCAGAGGAGCAGGGUUGGGUCCCAGCUACUUAUCUCAACUCCCACAAUGGGACACGGGACGACUUGGAGCUAGGUGCUUCCAAAGCAGGGGAAGUUACUAAGCGACAUAAGGCUCAUCUGAAGAGGCUGGACCGGAGAUGGACGCUGGGGGGUGUCAUCAGUCGGCAGCAGAGCCGAGAAGAGAAGUACAUCACAGUGCAGCCUUACUCCAGCGAGGGCAAAGAUGAAAUUGCUUUUGAGAAAGGAGUCAUCGUUGAGGUCAUUCAGAAGAACCUUGAAGGCUGGUGGUUUAUCAGAUACCAAGAUAAAGAGGGCUGGGCUCCAGCUUCUUACCUCAAGAAAGUGAAGGAUGAUUUGUCUCCCCGCAAGAAGACGGUCACAGGCCCGGUUGAGAUCAUUGGAAAUAUCAUGGAGAUCAGCAACCUGCUAAACAAAAAGGCUUUAAGCGAGAAGAAUGUGCAGACUGAUGGAGUCCCUGAGAGUCCCCAGGUUUCCAGGAAGGAGAUCAGCUUGCCGAUUCCCUGCACCGAAUCCAGCCCAGUUAACGCUCCACAGGAGGGAAAAAGCAAAGUAGAACCUGCCUCACCGGCCGUAGCCCGGAUAACCCCACAUCGAGUGGAAAUAGGUUCCCCUGUCCUCAGGCAAAAACCUCCCCCUCGAAGAGAUGCAACCCUGGGUUUUCAGCUGCCCUCCCCUCCAGAGCCCCCUGCAGUUGAAGCUGAGUAUUACACCAUUGCCGAUUUCCAGUCUUGCAUAUCCGAUGGCAUCAGUUUUAAUGGAGGUCAGAAAGCCGAGGUGAUUGAAAAGAAUUCUGGUGGAUGGUGGUAUGUCCAAAUUGGUGAGAAGGAGGGCUGGGCUCCAUGUUCCUACAUUGACAAACGUAAAAAGCCCAACUUGAAUCGGAGAACAAGCACUCUGUGCCGCCCGAAGGUGCCACCUCCUGCCCCGCCUGUCAAAAAACAGGAUUCAGUGGAGACAGCACCUCCGAGCAGUCCGGGAUCAGAUGCCCCGGAGUCUCCUGUAUCUCCUAGUGGGCCAGUUUAUGAAGAGCCAGAAUAUGAUGUGCCUGCCAUUGGAGAUCUGGACCUGGAAUCUGAGUUUGAGUUUCUGAGAGGGGAAAGUUCUCUGGUGGACUUUAAGAAUGAAGAAACGUCCUCUGAAAAGGGGUCUCAUUUGUCUUCCAAGCCAUCUCCUGCUUCAUCACUCCACAGUGCCUCCUUUAAAUUGGGUGAGUCAUUUGAGGAUGGCCAAGAAGCAGAAGGAGAAGCUGGGGGAGAGGAAGAAUGUAUCUAUGAGAAUGAUGGCUUCCUGCCCUUCAGGGAGACCCCAGAGAGACAGGGCAGCAGAGACUCAAACUUAUCCAAGACAAGCGUUUUGUCAGAUAAUGGCAAGACUGCAAACCAGGCAUCAGGUGGAUGGAGACCUGCUGGUAACAGGCUCAAGAUUGACUUGAAUGGGACUCCACCUUCAGCCAGAUCUGAGGAAGCAUCCAGUCCCAAAUCUGCUUCGUCUGAGUCAACCCCAGAUCUCUCCAGACCAAAGAAAGACAAUGAAGAAAGCAAGAUGACCUCCUUCACCAAGUCUUCCUCUAAAUUGAGACCUGUGGUGAGACCUAAGCCACAGCUAGCCAAAGCAUCUAGCGCAGAGAAGAUGGACAUCAGCACCUUAAGAAGACAGCUGCGGCCAACAGGUCAGCUGAAGAAUGGCACCAAAAGUAAAGGUGAAGAUUCUGAGACAGCUUCAGUCAUUUCCUCAGAAGAUUCCUUUUCAUCUCAGAGUACGUCUGAUCUCUCAUCCAUCUACUCCAAAGGAAGCCGAGGUGAGUCUGACAUGGACGGUUUCAACCUGUAUCGCACAACUGAUCCCUAUGAGAAAGUUCAAGACUCUGAGCUCAGCUUCCCUGCUGGGGUGGUAGUGGAGGUCCUUGAGAAGCAGGAAAGUGGCUGGUGGUAUAUCCGCUGGGGAGAUGCAGAAGGUUGGGCUCCUACAUACUUUUUGGAGCCUGCCAGACAACAAGAUGACAUGGGAGAGUAUGAAUCCUAUGGUACACCAACCAAACCUGGAUGCCUCAGCAAGUCCAACAGUCUCGAAAAGAACGAACAAAGGGUGCGAGUGUUGAACAACAUCAACCUGAAUUUAAAGAAGGUCAUGCCGCCCAUUCCUUCCAAACCUCCAGGUGGUCUCUCCAAACCUGCAAGCUUGUUCAGCUCACUUAAGCAAAACAGCACCAAACAACAGCAGGUUGUCAGACCUCAGUCGGUCUUCAUCUCAGCUCCGAUCCGAGACGGUGCCAGUCCUGCUGUGUCCCUCAGAAGAAAUGAGUCCCUCAACUCAACAGACAACCCACGUGUCAGCCCCACAGUGCGACGCAAUGCUUCUUUUGGUGCUGUGCCUCGCAGUCUGCCAUCAAACAACAGGAACAGAUCUGGUACCGGCAGCUCGGAGUCUUUGGGCCUGAGCUCUCCGAAGAAUGCCCUUCCAGUGUCCCCAGUGAAACCUAAGCCCCACAUCAUCCACAAUAACCUCAGGGAGGUAUAUGUCUCCAUUGCAGAUUACCAUGGCGACGAGGAGACUAUGGGAUUUCCUGAGGGGACAAGUCUGGAGGUUCUUGAAAGAAACCCUAAUGGCUGGUGGUACUGCAAGAUUCUGGACAAUGGCAGGCCAAGGAAAGGAUGGGUUCCCUCUAAUUACCUUGAGAAGAAGCACUAGAUCUCUCUCUUGAGCUGACAGUGCCAUAGACAUACGUAUCCAGUCUUAUAAAUGCAUUGGUUUACUCUAAAAGGCUAAUCCGGUACCUGCAUUAAUACAAGCAGCAAAGUGAAAUAGUAACCAAGCCAAGACAGAUUACAACUGGUGAAAUGAGUCUACAUGUUAAAGUACCUAAGACCUUGCACUAAAAGCUUGGGAUUUAGUGACGAAACCAAAUAGCAGCAAGAAUUACUGAAUGUUUGCCAGAAGUUUAAGCACGUUACAAAAAUAUUCACAACCCUUAACGACUUCACGCUACGUAAUUUUACGAUCACAAACGUAUCUGUGUUUUCUUAUUAGUUUAUGUCAUAGACCAACACAAAGGUAUAUACACAAAGGUAUAGGUUUAAAGAAAGUGAUUCAAUUUUCAGAUUUUUUUUAACUCAGUCCCCUUAACUUUAAUAUCCCUAAAUAAAUGUAAGUGCUAGUAGUAAGUUGUACAUAAAAUCUUAAUAAGAUACAGUGAAGUUUGUGAUUGUAAUAAGACAAACUGUGAAAACGUUUGAGUGUUAUGAAUACUUUUGCAUGGUGCUGUGCAUUUAACUUGAAGACUAUCUUCAGUUUUCUAAUUCUUGAACCAUUUUCUGUAACUUUUAAAUGCAUAACUUAUCACAUUUUAAGGAAUUAAAGCUUACUGCAUGUUUAAAAUGAUUCAUUAUAUCAACAACACCUUUCACUCAUUUUCUUUGCUAAAGAAAAGCUUUGUUGUCUAAGCUGCUUUGUGUUAGUCACAUCAUGGUGCUGCAUGUUAUAUACUGUACGUCUCCUUUAUGUAAAGCAUUUUAUCCAUUUUUUGUAGUAUUGUUCCAAAGAAACAAAUUGUGAGCAUCUCAGAUUUUCAGUAUUUUGAUUUUGUUAGUCAUUUCUGAAUGAACUUGCAAUAUCUUUUUUUUUUAUCUAUCCUUUUUUCUGCAAAAAUUAAAUCUUGCAUCAGUUAAAAAAAUAAUUUAUUCAUUCCUUACACUUGUAUUAAAAAAGAUCACAGCUUUAAUCAGACAGUAACAUUUGAAUUUCUGCUGGGCAGUAAAUUUGACACAACUCUUUUUUUGUUUGGGAUGCUCCUUUGUGUUUUAUGCCAAAUGUGUGACCAGUUACAAUAACUGAAGUGCCAAAAAAUGACUCUAAUAAAUGCACUUUUUGACA